AUGUCAAAUAACACAACAUUACCGUCAAAAUCAGCGACGGACAUCUGUCUGACAGACAGGCAGAUGUCUUUAUCUGUAAAUUCCGCCGAAGGAGUCCUCAUAGGAACCAUCAUCCCCGUUCUGGUACUUUUUGGAAUUUCUGGAAAUAUUUUGAAUCUUACUGUACUGUUAGCGCCGAAUUUAAGGACAAGAUCAAACCAACUUCUUGCGUGUCUCGCAGUCGCCGAUAUUGUCAGUUUGAUAGUAAUCCUUCCGCAUUCUAUGGCUCAUUAUGAAAUGUUUGAAACGGCUCUUUGGUUUCGAAAAUUUUAUGGAAAGUAUAAGUUUCAAAUUAUUGGAAUUUCCAAUUGGUCAAUAGCCACAGCGACAUGGUUGGUUUUUGUGAUAUGUCUGGAGAGAUUGAUCAUCAUCAAGUAUCCAUUAUCAGUGAGGAAACAGGCAAAGUUCUUCACUCCUCGAAACGUUGUCUCCAUAAUCGUCAUCACAACAUUCAUCCUCACAUCCUACAACCAUGUCAGUCAUGCAUGCGCCGAAAAGCUCUUCUGUAAUGGAACCCAAUACCACGUGGCAUGCAUUGAGAUCAAUUCGGAACGAUGGUUUCGAAAUGAACCGAACCCCAAUUCUGAAUUAAUGAAGUCGUUGGUACGGUAUGCGCCACAGGUCAAUGCAAUAUUUGUGGUUUUGAUUCCGGUGAUUCUUGUGAUCAUUUUCAAUGUGAUGCUCAUUUUGACAUUGCGACAGAGACAAAAAUUGUUCGAACCGUCGAAAACAAUCCGAGGGGAUUCACAAUAUGGAUCACAGGCGAAGACAGAGCACAAGGUUACGAUUACGGUCACAGCUAUUGUUACAUGUUUCACGAUAACACAGAGUCCUUCCGCAUUUGUCACAUUUCUCAGUUUCUACAUUCAAAAGGAUUGGUUCACACUGAGUGCAAUCUGCACAAUCCUUGUCGUCCUUGGAAAAGCGCUGAACUUUGUACUUUUCUGUCUAUCCUCUGCCUCAUUCCGCCAACGAUUAAUGAUGCAAACGAAACAAGGAAUUCUGAGGAAAUCGACGAGGUAUACAAGUGUGGCGGCCCAUUUAUGA